AUGUUCGCGUCAAUCAGAGAGCACUUUGAGCUUUUUGGUGGUCAUUCAAGGUUUCGCCGCCUCAGGAGAAGCCCUUCCGUUGAGGUGGACACCCACAGCCAAAAUACUACAUCCUCUGAGGGAGCCAAUCAUACCCUGCUGAUCCACAGCCCCGUAGAACUCAAAAGAGGCUGGAGGAGGCAGAAGCAGCACCUCUUCUUAUACAGCGAUUUGUUGCUUAUAUCUAAUACCAAGUAUAAAAAGAACUUGAAGGUAAAAAAUGAAAUACCACUGAGCACCGUGUGGACUGCCAACUGUACAGACAAAGUUGGUGAAGCCAACAUUGGUGCCAGGAAGUCCUUUGUCCUAGGCUGGCCCACGGUGAACUUUGUGGCCACCUUCAGUUCUUCCAAACUAAAGGAAAAAUGGCACUCUUUCCUUCAAAGGUACAUCAAGUUAGCCAAAGAGAAGGACCAGCCAAAAAGCAUUCCCCUCAAAAUCUUCACUGAGGACAUCAAGAACUGUGCCUGUUCUGUAACUAUAACAGUAACAAAUUCAGACACAGUGAAUGAUGUUAUCAACAUGUCACUUUCAAAGCUAGGAAUAACUGGCUCUGAGAAAGAUUACCAGCUGUGGGCCAGUUCUGGUAAGAAAGAGGCCUCAUACCCACUCAUCGGGCAUGAAUAUCCAUAUGGAAUUAAAAUGAGCCAUCUUCCAGCUACUGUGCUCCUGCAGCAGGGAUCGGAGGACUCCACCUCUCCUUCUGCCCUCCAGGAGCCCUUCCCACUGCAGCAGGAGUCACAAGAGAUCCAAGGCCGGUUUAUCCUGAAACCCAAGCACACAGCCAGGAACCAAGCCAGGAAUCAGCAGGGGAAAGAUGCAGGCCAAAAGACAGUCAAGAAGAGUUCUGCCAAAAACUGGGCCUUCUGGCGGAGCUUCAGGUCUCGCCGGGACAGCCAGGGCCCAGCCCCACCGCCCACAAAGCCAACACCGCUCUUCGGAGUUUCUCUGGAGGAUGUGUGCGAUGAUGACAGCCUGCCCACCCCAAUCCGAGAUAUACUUUACUUUAUCAAUCAAAAAGGGCCACUCACAGAAGGCAUCUUCAGUAAACCAGGCGGUAUAAAAUCAUGCAGAGCCCUAAAGGAGAAGAUAAACUCUGGGGACAAAGUGAACUUGGAUGAGGAAUCCGUUCUUGUGGCAGCAUCCGUCUUCAAGGAUUUUCUUCGAAAUAUCCAAGGAAGUAUAUUUUCGGCCAGUCUCUAUGAUAAAUGGCUUGGUGUUAUUGACCAGGGGAACGAGGAGGAGAAAAUAGCUGCAGCCCAGAGUCUUUUAGGCCAGCUGCCAAGAGCUAAUGUAGUUCUCUUGCAAUACCUUUUUGGAGUGUUACGCAACAUUGAGCAGAAUUCCUCAUCCAAUCAGAUGACAGCUCACAAUUUAUCAGUGUGUAUAGCCCCAAGCAUUCUUUGCCCACCUCAUUCUGGCAGCUCAGCAUUAGAAAACGACUUCAGAAAAAAGAUUUCUUUUGUACAAUUUCUCAUUGAAAACUGCCUCAAGAUAUUUGGAGAAGAUAUCACUUCCCUCUUUGAAGAGAGCUCAAUGAGUUGUGAUAGUAGUGAUAUCACUGACAGCCGUGAGAAGGCUGCAGGUACUGUGAAUAAUUUAACUGGCCUUGAUGAGAAAGACAGCAAGGCUGCCAGGGGUCACGGCAGAUCCUUAGACUGUGCUGUCCUGGAGCCUAAAGCACAUCCCAAGGGCAACGAUUUCCAUGUGCUCCAGGUCAGGUGAGGUUUCACACUGUUGUGAGAGCAAAGAAAGGAUGAGACAGAUCUAACUGCAAGAAGUUGCAAGCACAGCAUUAGGAGACAUCACGGUAUAAUACAGCAUUUGGUUUUUCAAACAAAACUUUAAAUGGGACUGAUAUAUGUAUCACAUGUGCUCUGGUUGAAACCAGAGUGAGAGGCCCAGAGCACUGCUUGGUUUAUUCCCCUCUCUCUCCUUUUUCUGGUCAGUGGUUCCUGACGUACCACAGGUACCCCGUGUCUUUGAAAUAGGUUGAAAAGAACCAGCAUCACUGAGAGAAAAAGGACUUGACUUCACGUCAAACAGCCUUUCCAGACUAUAACCUCAUGUGCCUCUAUUUACCAGCUGCGUUAACUUCAGCCAGUUAUUCUAGCUCAGUUUCAGUUUCUUCGUCUCUAAAAUGUGAAUAAAAAUAAUGUCUAAAUCUUAGGAUUAUUGAAAAGAUUAAAUGAAACAAUGGAUGUAAAAUAAAUUUGUAAAAAAGCAAUUAAUGGGGCCAGUAGACGUUUCCGUGAGAUCAGAGCUAGUUCUAACUGAGCCUAGCUAAUCACAGCUAACGGAUAGCAGUCCAUUUUAUGCGGCAGCAUUUAGAUUCAGAACCUGAGGACAUGUGUCAUGCGUUCCUUCAUAUUUUUCACAUUUCUUGGUUUUAUGACAUUUACCUCACUGCUUUGAGGAAACCGUUAGGAAAAGCCAUUUAAUCAGGCAUUGAGAUGAGCCUAAUAUCAGAGAAGAUGCUUAUACUUAGAUAACUGUUUGUUUUUCAUUUCAUCAGUGACAACAGAACAACCUCUUGAAUCCAAGCCAGUGAGAGAGACAGUGAUUUACAAAAAGGCACAACUGCAGGAUGAUGCCAAGACCCCGCCUAGCAUGGGUCCACCCAGCGACGUGUCUAUAACUUUCUAAGUCCCCGAAGGUUAUAAUCUCCAUAAUCACACUUGACCCUUCCUUUUCCUCUCUUUAGCGACCUGUCUACAAUUUGCAAAGUCACUGAAGAUUAGAAUUCCCCAUAAUCACACC